UUGGUUAAAAGUCAAAUACACUCGAUAUAUAAAUAAAUACAUAUCUAAACACACAAAUCAGACGACAUGAUAAUUUCCGCAGAAACGCUGGACAAGAUGUAUGUGAAGGAAGUGAUCACCGUUGCCAAGAUGAUCGUUAAAUUGCCAGCCAGAGACCACUUAGUUCCAACAUGCACUCACUGGCUCAACAUCUUCCAUAACGCCGCGCCCGAGGUUAAGUUCGAGCGCAAUUGGAUGCUGCUGCAGCUGCACACACAGCUGAACAGGAAAAGCAACAUUGGCUAUCCCUUCACGGAUCCAACCAGCUUCCACAUGGAUUUGCGCGCACUGAUGCAGCGCAGCGAACAGAUGAGAGAGUCGAAUGACGUGGAUGACGACAAUGGGGAGUCGUGGGCCAGCGCAGAAAAGAGCACCAUCUCGAUGAGCGAGCUGGAGAGCGAUUUACAUGAGCGCAACCAGCAAUUGUUAAAGGAAAGUGAUGCUUUGCGCAGCGAGCUUAAGAAACUGCAGGGUCUGGAAGACGAGCUUCAGCAGCGAAAACAAAAAUUGAAGAAAAUGGAGAUGGAGACGAGGGAUUCGGGAGAAGACAUGCAAAUACUCGCCUCCUCCGCCACUAUGGCCCUCAAACUGCUGUCCACCAAAGAAGAUGCCAAUGCGAAGAGCCAAUUCUUUAAGACCCUGUUCAGUCCGUUGGGUCAGGACGAGAAAGAUUUGGCGCAAGUGGAGAAGCUUGACACGAUGUUCGAUACGCUAUUGCGUGACUCCAUCAAUGGCUAUAAGCAAAAACAGCGCGACCUGGUGGUGCAGGAAGUGAGCUUAAAAUACGACAAUGUUGUCGCCGACUUCAUCGAGCAUUAUGGAAAGGUUAUGGAGGGAAAACUCGUCGCCCAGGAAAAAGAGCUGGCCCAGUCCGCCCUGAGGUACCUGGAGGUGCUCCGCAAGCACUUCGUCUGGAAGUACAUGGGCAACGACAGCACAAAGGAGGCUGUCCUCAAGUUCUUGAAGCGGAGCUGCCAGCAGAUGUCGGAGAUUUUGUAAAAAGGGAGAGUCCUGGGUAUUUUACCUGGGUAUUAGGCGUUCACAUUGAAGCAUAUGUUCCAGAUUUAAGAUUUGAUCUGCAAUUUGCAAAAACAUUUAUAUUUGUUAUAUGUUUUA